AUGAUCUCGACAACCUUAGUUUUGUUGUUCGCGACGGCGAUGGUGGUGACAGGCAGCGUUGUUCCUGUCGAUGAAAAUCACCGAACCUUACUCCAGCUCGGACAGAACCUCUUCGGAAACAAUCCUUCGUCCUCGCAUUCGCAGCUUGACCUGUCUGCUUUUGGCUCGGCCGUUGACGUCUCGGACGACGGAAGUCGCAUGGCUGUAGGAGCACCCGAAGAGAACGGUGGAGCGGUCCUUUUAUACGAACGUGAUUUGUCUCUCGCUAUCGAUUCUAAUUGGCGGCUCGUGUGGAAACUUCUUGCUGGCGUUCCUGGCGAAGACCUCGGGAAGCAUUUCUCGCUCUCGAAUGAUGGACACACCGUUGCCGUUCGAAUUAACAACAAAGAUCUCUCGACUGGCCUCGUCGAAGUCUGGUCCGACAAGUCGACAGGAAAUAUGACCAUGCUUGGUGCUCCCAUUCUUGUGUGCGGCGAAUCGCUUGGCGGAGCCGUAAAGCUUGGAGAGACUCUGGCGUCGUCGAUCUUCGGCGCCAGAACGUGGCUUGUCGUGAGCUGCGAACACGCGAACAAUGAUCAAGGUAAAGUCAGGUUGCUAUACUUUGACGAAUCGAAUAAGAUCUGGACUACUUUCACCGAGAUGAAAGGCGAAGCCCCUCGUGCUCUCUUCGGGCAGUCCAUCGACUUGUAUACUGCCCUUCCAAACUUCAUCCUUUUGGCUGUGUCAUCUCCGUACUAUGACGAUCAUCGAGGCAAAGUUCAAAUCUUUUACAUCAACAAGGAGUCAUACGCAUCGCAGCUGCGGAACACUGUGGAAGGUGAAUCAGCAGGAGACCUGUUUGGUCUCAUCAUGCGAAUGAACGACAGAGGAGCACCUACUCUAGGGAUCGGAGCUCCACAAUGUUCUUCAACUCCUGGUGCGAGUGGUUGCAUGUAUGUGUACCAAUGGGGUCGCCCUAACGCUACGGAGCCACUGGGGUGGUCAAGCAUUCACAUGGGUGCUAUGAGCGGAGUUUCAGCUCUGGCCAUUUCUUCAGGUCCCUCCGUUCGCAUUGCAACAGCUUCGAUGCAUCCUUUCUGCAACGAGACAGGAUUGAUCCGCUUGUACGAGAUAGGCUCAAGUGACACUCCCACAAUUGUUGGCAGUCUUCGAAUCCCGAACUAUGCCACGGUCCCAUCAAUGAACCAUGUUGAGAGUUCGUACGACUGGUUGAAACGGGGAUUCGCAGUUGGGCUCAACAUGGAUGGGUCGGUCAUCGCGGCAGGCUCUGCUUACGGUGAUUAUCGGCAUGGUCGUAAUGCAUCAGCUAUAGGUAUUGUCCGAACCUUGAUCGAGCCUGCUGUUGUCGAGAUCUUUAGCAGCUCGCCCCCGCCAUCCUUUUCACCUACCAGCUGCGAGAUCUUGUUCCCGACGGCCUCACCUUCACAAUUGUAUCUGACCGCUUCACCCAUGGCUCCGCAGCCUCCGCAAGGCCCAGAAAGCAAGACUACUGCUCCGAGCUACCCUCUCAACUCUCCCACCUCAGCUCAUCCAAUAGGCUACGAUCUCUCACCCCACCAACCUACGCACAUGCAUCCAAGUCUGGGCAGCCCCAAUCUUGGCCCGAAUCAUCCUCUGAACUCUCCAAACUCGGCCCCAACGCUAUUUGAUCCAACAGACUCCCAUCUCUCACCAAGCCCAAGUUCAAACGAGCAGCAAAUGAAUCCGAGUCUGGGCAAUCCACCUACCAAGGUUUACUCUUUUAGCCCUACCCAUCCUCUCGACUCUUCCACCUCAGCCCCUUCUCAGUUUGAUCCAAUGGACUCGGAUUAUUCACCCAGCGAGACACCACAAGGGGAACCAAUGCAUCCCGGCAAUGUUCCUACCGGUAUAGAUACCCACGUCCGUAAACCGACAAGAGUUACUCCAGUUCACCAGAACGUCACAAUUCGUGAACCAAACAGGGCGGCACCCUUGAACCCACCGGACGAGGAGACUGCAAUCGACGACACGGACAGUCCUGCCCAUGGUGCUGACCGAAACCCUCCUGUUUUGUGGCUAAUUUCCCUAAGUGUGCUUUUGGCCGGUGGGAUCGGUUAUUGCGGCCGACGAGCUUGCUGCAAAUCGUCGAGGAGCGAUGAUCCUGCUGAUGCGGACAGCGGUACCGGUAUCGAUGAGGUUUGA